AUGAGCGUAAAAGUAGUUACCGACAGCAGUUCUGAUAUGCCGCGCGAGGUCGCGGAGCAGUAUGGCAUCAGCGUCAUUCCACAGAAAGUCAUAUUUGGCACCGAGGAGCUACGCGGUGGGGUGGACAUAACCGCCGAUGAAUUCUAUCGGCGUAUCGCGAACAGCGCCACGCUGCCCACCACUUCACAGGCAUCCCCGGGUGAGUUCAGGGAGUUGUACGAAUCCAUCGCGGCAGAUGCGGACGGAAUCGUUUCUGUGCAUGUCUCCGGCGCGCUCAGUGGCACGGUCAACUCCGCGCGAUCAGGCGGCGAUGAGGCGGAUAUAAGCUGCAGCGUAGAAGUGGUUGACUCGAUGCAGGCUGGCAUGGGCACGGGCUUGGUCGCUAUCGCCGCGGCAAGGGCUGCGCGAGACGGCGGCAACUUGCAGCAGGUGGUCAGCGCUGCCGAGGAUGCUAUCAGUCGGUGCGAGACCUAUGUGCUGCUUGAUACACUUGAAUACCUCCAGAAAGGCGGCAGGGUAGGCAAGGCAAGGGCGAUGCUUGCUACUUUGCUGAGCAUCAAGCCCAUGAUUAUCAUAAGGGACGGUGUGGUUGACGAACUGGGCAAGGAGCGAACCCACAGGAAGGGCAUGGCUCGGCUGCGGCGCGUAACCGAAGGCUUUGCGCCGCUCGAGGAACUGUGUGUCAACUACACCACUACGCCAGACGAGGCGCGCGCAUUCGGAGGAGAACUCCAAUCCCUCUUGCCGGAGGGCAAGCAGCCUCUCCUGGCGCAGAUAGGUCCUGCCGUAGGGACAUACACUGGACCUUCCGCUAUCGGUGUAUCCUUGCUGCGUGCCCACGUCGGCUAA